CGUGCCCCGCGGCCUCGGAGAAGGGAGCCGGUGGGGAGUAGGAAAGGAGGGAACCGGCGAGACCACUGCCUGUUGCUAAGCCUUGAAGGAAGCUCUGCGCUCAGGGUAGGUUCAGGAUUGCUGACCUCAUAAGCCUGCUGACUUGUGGGAGCACCUGGAAUAGCAAUGACAGAAAAAGUCAAUAACUUUCCUCCACUGCCAAAGUUUAUUCCUCUGAAACCCUGCUUCUACCAGAACUUUUCCGAUGAGAUUCCAAUAGACCACCAAUUUAUCGUGAAAAGGAUUUAUCAUUUAUGGAUAUUUUACAGUAUCACACUAGUUGUGAAUCUCAUUGCCUGCCUCGCGUGGUGGAUUGCUGGAGGUGAUGGAGUAAACUUUGGCUUGGCUAUCCUUUGGCUGCUUCUCUUCACUCCUUGUAGCUAUGUGUGUUGGUUCCGACCUGCCUACAAAGCCUUCAGGGCUGACAGCUCUUUUAAUUUUAUGACAUUUUUCUUCGUCUUUGGUGCACAGUUUGUCCUGACCAUCUUUCAAGCAAUCGGUUUCUCCAAAUGGGGAGCAUGUGGCUGGUGGUCAACAAUCUUCUUCUUCAAGAUAAACGUUGCAGCUGCUGUGUUCAUGAUCUUCCCAGCCAUAAUGUUCACACUAUCAGCCGCCAUGAUGUGUGUGAUCCUUGUGAGGGUGCAUAGGUUCUACCGUGGGUCCGGUGGUAGCCUUCAGAAAGCCCAAGAUGAGUGGAGCAGUGGAAACUGGAGAAACCCACCCAGCAGGGAAGCGCAGUUCAACAACUUCUCAGGCACAAGCCUGCCUGAGUACCCCACAGUGCCCAACUAUCCCUCCGGAAGCCAUUGGCCUUAGACUAAGCCUAGCAGCCCUCAUCCCCACUAGGUGCCCAGCCACUAGCACCUUCCUUUGGCUUUUUUCGAUGUGAAAAUUUGUUUUCAUUUGUUCUUCCCACCCCUCCCCCCAUCAUCCAGUGGGGGUUAGAGAGCGGGGAAAGGUUACUUUACUUUUCUGUGGAAGAGACCAAGCUUCCCCAAAUAUGAGGUUUCCUUUGGAGCAUCCUUUAGAAUUUGGUACAUAACAUUUCUUUGUGCCUGGCUGCCAGUAUUAGUUCAUCUCACUUCGGUCACUUUGUUGUCACAGGCCAGGGAGCCUUCUGCAACUAGCUUGUAGCAGUGACAGCAUGGCUGCCCCUGGAAAGAUUCAGUUACUAAUUUGCUUCAGGUCCUUCCCUUGAUCAUUCUCACCCUGAGCUCCACUGUGCAGUACCCUUCUACCUUCCUCAUCUGUUAUACCACAGACUCAGAAGGAGUCUCUCUCCAGGAGUCAUGGGUUGGGGUGCCCCUGCCUUGGCUGUCCCCUCUUUCUCACACUGAUAGCUGAACAGGAGUAAAGUUCAGACAGACUCUCUGGGGCAUGGCUUUGAGGCCUCCCCCAAGAGCCAUAGAAUGACUUUCAGUUUGGAAUGAAGUGAAGGAACUGGGAUUACAUAAGGUAAGACUGAGUCAGCCGGAUCCAGCCCUGUUGGCAGAAGAGUCCCAUUUGCAAUUACUCCACAUUAAAAACCAUAAAGAUUAUUUUAAAUUCCACCAUCCCCCUGAUCCCUCCUUCCCAGGAUGAGUGGUACACACACCCGCCUUGCCAGUGGGGGAAGAUCACAUUACAGGGGAGCCUCUUCAGAUGACUGCUGUAGACUAGUUCCAUUACCCCCAUCUCAGGCCAUUGGCCAGCCUUGAUCAGACUGAGUCACUCCUCUGGGCUAUUUUUGGUAACCAGUUGCCAGAUUCUAUCUUAUAAGCCUCUAACGUCACCCUAGACUAAUAACAUAGGAAACUCAUGGUGCUUUUGUGUUGAAUUGGCUAGAGUUUGGUUGCAGGAGCAGCAUGCCAGGACCAGGAACCUUCUACAAAGAUGCCGUAUAUUUUCCAUAAAUUGCAAUCCCUUCGUUGGGUGAAUUGAUUGAAAGGGGGGUUGGCAUUUUCCGGGCCUGUGAAAGGAACAUGAAGCUCUUCCUCUCUACAUUUGAACAAAAAUAAAGGGCUAAAGGGAAAACAGUUCUUUUACUGAAGUAUCAAGGUAGGGAGGAUAUCGUAUAUCGGUGCAUGUUUGCAGCCCAUUUCCUGACAAAUCCUGGAAUUUAAAGUCAGAAGAUAAGAAGAUUCCUCACCCUUGGAUGCCUUUUCAGGAAAUAUGGUGGUCUUCCUUUUCCCACUUAUGAAUCUGUGUUACAUUUACCUUUCUCUCAACCUUAAUCUGUUUGGGGCUGCUAAAGGUUUGUUUCCCAGGUACAAUAUCAUCUUGUCUCUCCCCUUGAUUUUCCCUCGUAGUUACUGACUUGGGUUUGGGGCCAGAAUGAGGACCUAGGCUAGUUUGUGAUCUCUUUGAGCACAGCCUUCCGCACCUGGAUCCCUAGAGAAUAUACCAAGCCCAGGCCACUUGUACUAGACUUUCACAAAUCCCACCUAGAAGCGCAGGCUGGGGUUUUCUAUGGAUACACUUCUAUUCUCAUGAGCACACUUUACAGCUGUCUCCUCGAGGAAGAGCAGCGAAUGGAAGGAACCAGGGAGGCCAGGGGCUUCUCCCCAGACUUCAGGCCUCAGAGACAGCCAUUUGGCUAGAGCCCCAGAGGGGUGAAGCUGCCCUAGUAGCUGAGCUCUCCACUGGUUUUUAUGGUUCCCCAUCAUCACCUGCAGCCUCUCGCACCAGAUCAGAACCUCAGAGGGCACUUCGCUGCUCUCACACUCUGACCUUGCCUUCAAGUGAGCUUUCAAAGGAAAAUGAAUUGCUACAAGUCUAUGUGCCUUAAGAACUAGAAACAUUUUUAACAUAUUUUAGGUGAUAGGGUUUUUUCCCUCCUUUUGCUUAGUUCUCCCAUUUUUUCCUAAAGGGUUUUAUAAACAUUUACAGAACUGAAAUGGAUAUAUAAUCUCUAAGAUCUAUGGAACACCUUUGUUAACAGGCCAAAAACCAAAGUUUUUUUUAACUUUUAGCACAACAACAGAGGCUUCCUGAGAUUUUCACUCCUAAGAUAUCCCUGGCCCCCCAAAAGUAGUCAUCUCUCUGACCUUUCAUUUCCUUUCCCUUUCCUAAAAGAUGAUGACUACUUUCCUAAUUUACACCUUUGAAUACACUGCUGCUUAGCACCAAGUUCCCCAAUGCAGUAGAAUCAUGCUCCCCAUCCCUUCCCCUUCUCUCCCCACCCCUCCCCUUAUGUGAUGUGCACAGAAAGAAUGUCAUAGGUGAAUGCCUCCCCCCACCCCACCCCACCCCCAGUCCAAAGGGGGAAAACUACAUGGUGUCUCUGGAGUCCCUGGAAGGGGACUCUAUCACCUGUUACAGGAAGGGAGGGAGGUCUCCAACUGCCAGCAGAAGCAGAUUCAGAGCCCAGAGUGCUUGAGGUCUUGCUGACCUUCCAAAAACACCCCUCCAUGCCAAGAGCUGUACUUACAGAAUACUUGCUUGAAGGACACACUGUGUAAAGCAUCCUGACUUAUUUUUGUAAUUAUUUUUUUAAUAUAGAUUUCUGUUAGACUUGUAUAGAAUUAACCCUGGGUGAAGGGGAAAUAGUUUUUGGAGUUAGUCAACAAAGUUGUUUCCUCUCUCCUAUUUUGCAUCAUGUUAUAUUGUGGUGGUUUUUGUUAUUCGAAAUCAUCCUUAAAAUAAAUCCUUUUUCUGCAUCAGA